CACUGAUUAUCGAGUACGAAUUGGAAUUAUUUAGAGUUUAGACGUUGCACGAAUAUAAUAUAACGACUGAAACGUUCUGUGAAAUUUUAUCGUCGAAACUUCCUAUAAAACGACGUCGUCUCAUUGCGGUGCACAURCCUAAUAUUGUGUACAAUGUGCACUGCACGGUUUUUUAUUGUAAUUUUUUCUCCGGAAUAAUCAUGUGAAAAACGAUUAGGCACAUUUAGUCUAGCGAUACGGACCGGCCGCACCGUCGUCGUCCGGCCCUAUCCGAAAACCGAUACGACAUGACAGUAUUGUGCCGUGUUCUUAGAAAAUGUUAUGAUGAUGAUGAUGAUCGUUACUGAAUAAUAUUAUAUCGUCAUGAUAACACGUAAUGAAAAAAGCAAUGGUAUAUUUAUAUCGUUGUGUGACAUCCGUACGUCGAACCACGAAGUAUUUUAAUUUUAAUAUUUUUUUAGCUACUAGUCACGUAGAAAAAAAAAUCCGAAAACGUUCCAAACGAUGUUGAUUGUCCCUGUGCUGUGAUGACAAAUGGAUGUCAUGUUCCUGAUUGUCAUAACCGUGUUGCUGGUGAUUGCAGCAAUAUUGUUUGCAGUGUCCAAAAAGUACGUGGUGGAAAAACUGAAACAAGAAACCAACGCAGACUUUCAAAAACUCCAGAGACGUUACUUGACUGUGUACUGCUUGGCAUGUUUUGCUGAUUGGCUGCAAGGACCGUAUGUCUAUAAAUUAUACAAGCAGUACGGCUAUGAUGAAGGAGAGAUYGCUGUCCUUUUCAUUACUGGCACAAUAUCCAACAGUUUAUUUGGUACCAUUACAGGAGCACUGGCUGACAUUUAUGGCCGUAAAAUGCUAUGCAUUUCUUAUGGUAUAUUAUAUUCUGGGUGUUGUAUGACAAAAAUGUUUGGGAACUUUCAAUUAUUGCUUGUUGGACGCAUGUUGGGAGGUAUAAGCACAUCUAUUUUGUAUUCAGCAUUUGACUCGUGGUAUAUCAAUGAGCAUAUAAAUUAUCAUAAGUUGCCAGAAGAAUGGUUGAAUAGUACAUUUGCCAAAGCAACUUUUUUUAACGCUACACUUGCCAUACUGGCUGGUUUGUUGUCUUACUUCUUAGUGAGCGUGUUAGAAUAUGGACCUGUUGCUCCUUUUAUAAUGGCCAUUCCAUUUCUCAUAACUUCUACCAUAUAUGUUAUCUCUGUGAUAAAUGAGCAUUACGUUCGCAACACAAAGUCGGCUUCAGCGUCAGUGAAAAAAGCUGUUAUUCUAUGGAUGACAAAUAAAAAUAUCUUUAGCCUUAGUGUUGUUCAAUCAUUGUAUGAAGGUGUCAUGUACUUGUUCAUAUACAUUUGGACCCCUACAUUUGACGUGUUAAAAGACUCAAAACCACCUUUGGGGCUAGUAUUUUCAAGUUUUAUGUUAGCUCUGAUGAUAGGUUCAAAAAUAUAUUCAAUAUUAUUAGGAAAUAGUUUUCUAGAUUCAAAAAAACAACUACAACUGGCUACAUUUAUAGCAAGCUUUUCAUUUUUAAUUUGUGCCUUGACAAUAUCAAACAUAUUUAUUGAUUACAAUGGCCAACAAAAAUACUAUAAGGUAAUGAUUUGUUACUUUUUUUUCUUACUAUUUGAAAUCUCUAUUGGUAUGUACUUUCCAUCUAUGACAUAUUUAAAGAGUCAAGUAAUACCAGAAAAAAUUAGAGUUACUAUAUCAAAUGUAAUUAAAAUACCUAGCAAUCUUUUUAUAUGUAUGGCACUUUUAUGGAUAUAUUGUAAAGAACCAAAAGAGAAAACUAUAUUAAAAAUUGAUGAAAAUCAAGAACCUGAUGUAGAUUUUAUUUUUACAAUUUUUGUUGUAUGUUUUAUUGCAACAUUCGUUACAUUUAUAUUUUCUAAAAUAUUUUCUAAGUUUCACACUGAAACCUACAAAGACAUAAUUAAACGUCAUGAAAUUGAAGUAUAAAUAUGUCCAUAACUAUAUUAUUAUUCAUAUAAUAAUAUAAAUUAUG